AUGGAGGAGCUACAUGAGUUAGAGGGGCGAGAUUACACAAGAGACACCUCAGAGGAGUUAUUGUUGAGGAAGAGUUUGGUUGUGACUAAACUGGAGAGAGUAUUGUUGAUGGAGGAGCUCAUGGCGACAAAAAUCCAGGGCCCUUUGCUUAAAAGAAGGUACAAUAAUUCUAUUGAGACACUCCAUUCAGGUAAUCAGAGUGCAAGCUGGUUCGAAAGACCUUUUGAAAAGAUGGAAUUUAUAAGGUCAUUAGCGUUUGAGAAAUGCCUCAAUGCGACAUUCAUUGCUCUCAUAUUGAAGAAACAUGGGGAUACAGAAAUUGAGAAUUUUUGCCUUAUAAGCCUUGGGAGACAAAUACUUGAUUUAGUUCUCAUUGCCAACGAGUGCUUAGAUCAUAGGUUGAAGGAGGGAGUACCAGGCAUUCUAUGCAAGCUUGACUUGGAAAAAGCAUAUGACCAUGCACUUGGUCGGAUGCUAAAGGUUGCUAUUGAAGGAGGUUUUAUAGCCGAGUUUUUGGUGGGUAAUGUGGAUCUUGUCCAAACUCAAGCUUUACGAGCACUCUUGUUAUGCUUUGAAGCCGUGUCGGGGCUUAUUGUAAACCUUGGUAAGUAUGAGAUGGUGGCGGUGGGUGUGGUGUCUAGAAUCAAUAGUUUGGCAAGUCUCUUGGGUUGUAAAGUGUCUUCUUUGCCUAUGAAAUAUUUGGAUCUUCCAUUGGGGGCAACCUUCAAAGCUAGAGCUAUUUGGGAUGGGGUUAUUGAGAAAGUUGAGGAAAGGUUGGCUGUUUGGAAGCGGUUGUAUUUAUCAAAAGUGGGUCGACUCACUCUAAUUAAGAGCACUUUAUCUAACCUUCCGACCUAUUUUUUUACAUCUAGUUCCAUUGCCUGCAAGGGUGGCAAAUAG